AGGAAAAUGGAAGGAAGGCAAAAAAAAUGCAGUCUUCCAGAGGAGUCCUUUCGGAGUCCAGCCUCUAAUCCUCGGGUCUUUAAGAAGAAUGUCUACAUUGCAAACUUAAACCGGUUAGCCACCCACUCGCUUCCCCUCCCGCGGAACCCUGGGAGUUGUAGGGAGAGAGUCACUAUCUGACCAUUCUCUGCAUUGCUCCCAAGACUACAUUUCCCAGAGUUCCUUGCACGGCAAUAGAAUUAACUAUACAUGCCGCUAACGACCCUCUCAGAAACCACUUUUGAGAAAGAAACCUGGGGGAGGGCGAACCAAGGCUUUUAUUUUAUUUUAUUUCUUUAAUUUCUGACUAAAACCCCUUUUUUCUCUUAUGGAGUUUUGUCUCUUUUCAGGAGGGGGAGAGCCGGAAACCAGGUUGAAACCGGUUUAGGGUCGCGCCGUAUGGAAGCGCCUUCUUGAGACUCCUUUCCCCAGGCGAUCCAGAAGGAUACCGUGGUCAACGGUAUCAUAAGCUGCUGAGAGGUCCAGGAGGGCGAGGAAGGUGCACUCACCCCUAUCCAACGCUCUCCUCAUAUCAUCCACCAAGGCGACCAAGGCUGUUUCAGUCCCAUAUCCAGGCCUGAAGCCCGACUGAAAUCGAUCCAGAUAAUCCGCUUCCUCCAAAUGCGCUUGCAACUGCUUCACCACCACCCGCUCAACUGCCUUGCCCAAGAAUGGGGCCUCUGAAGGAGGAGGGCAUGAAUUCCCGGAUGCUGUGCAGGGUCAGAUCUACAAAGAAGUCAAGUGAAAUGGGGACAGGGAGAUCAAUGUGACGGGCAAUGCAAUCAAAGUCUCAAGUCAUUCCAGUUCAUCGCUUUCUCCUGAAGGACAGGCAGUGGAUCAAAUUGGUGGGAGAGAGGCAGGUGACAUUCUGGGAACAAUGGAUCUCGAUGAAAUGGGCAGCCCUCUGCAGAUAGUCAUGCUGAGUGUUACCCAGCCAGUCCAAAAGACCAUGGUCUGGCAAGUCCUGCAGGAGGAGGAUGGUGGGAACAGAGAUUCUUUGGCUGAUGGAAAGGAAAUUGGGCUCAAGGUGGAGAACCCUCUGUUUGGAGAAAAUGAGCCAGAGGACACACCAAGGACACCUCAGCAGACAAGCCAUGGGAAUGUGCUGGAGACAGCUGAGAGGAAGGAGAAAGGAGGCGAAUCCAAAGGGCAUCAGUGGAAGCAGCCAGUGGAGAGAGAGAAUGAACAUGGUGAGCUCACAGAAGGUCUUCCAGCUCCAAAGGACCAGCCUUCCGAUGUACACUCAAGAGCGAAAAUGCCCUUGUUCUCCAAGUAUGGCAGGAGGUAUCGCUACAGGCCAGAACUUGUUAUGAUGCAUGUAAGUGAAGACCACAGUGAAUGCUUCACGUCAGAGGAAAAUGUCCAGCAAACUUCAUACUUUGAUGAGUACCAGAGAACUGUAACAGGACAGAAACAGAACAUGUUCCCUGAGGAUGGGAAAGGAUGCUAUUUGGUUAGACAUCAAAGUCAUGAUACAGAAGAGAAGCCUAAUAACUCUCCUGACUGUGGAAAUUAUGCAAAGUCAGUAAAGGGAACUCAAGAAAUUCAGGCUGAAAGGAGACCAUAUAAAAGUUCUCAGUGUGGGAAAUGCUUUAGUGAGAGAAUCCAUAAUGGGAAACUGCAUGGAUGUCUUGAGUGUGGGAAAUGCUUCAGUCACAGGAGGGAUUUGGAGAGACAUCAGAGAAUUCAUACUGGAGAGAAACCAUAUAAAUGCCUUGAGUGUGGGAAAUGCUUCCAUCAAAAAGGAAACAUGAGUAGACAUCAGAGAACUCAUACUGGAGAGAAACCACACACCUGUUCUCAAUGUGGGAAAAGGUUCAAGCAGAGAAUGGAUUUAGAGAGACAUCAGAGAAUUCAUACUGGAGAGAAACCUUAUGAAUGCCCUGAGUGUGGGAAAUGCUUUAAUUGGGGAGACACUUUGAGAAGCCAUCAGAGAAUUCAUACGUGAGAGACAACGCUGUGUUGGGAGUGUCACCAUGUUACUCCCUCUAUCUCAGUUCUCCUCAUCUAUGGUGUGGGGAUAAUAUUUCUCAGCCUCAUAUUCCUCUGUAUCUCUGCUAUGGCGAUUGUAAUAGUGGGCAGUUUAUUUGUCCCCCUGUAGGAGCAGGAAGCAUUUACAGAGAAUUGAA